AUGUUUUUCGCAAAGUCUCUGGGCCUUGGUCUGUCCACAGCCGUCGUCUCCACCGUUGCUCUGACAAUCGCGAACAACAACCCUCUGAUCUACUUUCAUGGACGCUGGGAUAGCUCCCCAGGAAGCUGGUGGGCAAGCACGGGGUUCAAGCUGUACGUUCAAAACCUACAGACGCUCUCUCUGGAUCUGCAAGCCGACUCGUCGAGCCCGGUCGGUCUGGGAGUAUCCGUCGACUAUGGUAACUUUACGUCGGUGAACGCCUCUCCGGGAACGAAUGUCAUCCCCUUGGGAUCCCCGAACGCCUGUGGUAGUGUCGUCCGGAUCAACGCUUGGGGGUGGCAGAAUGAACGGAUGCUUCUUCAAGAUCUGGUGUUGAAUUCGGAUGCGGUCCUGCUGCCAUAUGAGGCCGCGGAUGUUAAUUUCCUAUUCAUCGGCGAUUCCCUGUCUGCGGGACAAUACCUUCCUAUGGGCGUGGACCAAGCGUGGCCUUUUCUCAUCGGAGAAGAGUUCAAGGCAGAAGCCACCGUCAUCGCCCAGCCAUGUAUCGCUCUGGCGGAUGUAGUCUCCUGCAGCAACCCACAUGGGAUGUCUGUCCAGUUCUUCGACACUGAGGACCCAAAUUAUAUUGAUAUGCCCGACCACGAUUAUACGACACCAUGGAAUUUCUCCAACGACAAGCCGACUCCUACGCAUAUCGUCAUUCAUAUAGGAGCAAACGAUGUCUCUCACGGGGUCUCCGCAUCUCAGUUCGUCACGGUAUACCUCUCCUUCCUUCAGCGCCUCCGUACGAUCUACCCCACACAGCCGAUCUUCGUGUUCACACCUUGGGGAUGGCCCCAACCGGAUGGCACCGUCGGUUAUUACUACGUCGGGAGUUACGAGCAGAUAGUAAGCCAGAGCCAGGAUCCUAACGUCCAUCUCGUGAAUACGACAGGCUGGGUCGCGUAUGGUGAUAUAUUCCCGGAUAAUCUGCAUCCAACCGUCGCUGGUCAUCAGAAGAUUGCGGGGGAGUUUACGACGUGGCUGGCGAACUGGGGCUUGAGGCCGGCGGCUGAGUGGGCUACGCCCGUGUGA